AUGUCCUUGAUGCAAGAAAAUAAAAAUUCUUCUACAAAGAAAUAUAGACAAAAAAAUAAUUUGAAAAAUAAUAGUUCUGGAAAAAAAAUUUCUAGCAGCGAAAAUGAAAAACCCCGAAAAUUAACUCAAAAACAAAUAUAUCUUAAACAAAAUCUUGAAAAACUUAAAGAAUAUGAAGAAUUGAUAACAGAAUGGCAAGAAAAGUUAUUUGAAACAGUUCAUAUGGAAAUUUUACGUGAUGCAGAAAUUAAAGGACAAUUUAGAAUUUCUAAUCAAACAAGAAAAAUAUACGAUAUAACAGAAUUAAAAUGUUUUUGUUCAAAGACAUGUUAUACAUCAUCUAAAUAUUAUGAAAAACAGUUAUCCGUGGAACCAAUUUAUAUGAGAAACUUGGAAGCAUGGAGGGAUGAACAUAUUGAUAUUUUACCAUUAAAUGGAAAAUCUUCUUCUUUAACAACUAAUAAUAACAAAAAUAGUAGCACUGAUCCAUCAAUUCCUGCUGAUACAGAAUUUUUUUAUGAUGCUAUUGAAGGAUUUCGUAUUGAUUACAAUAAAAAAAGCAGAACUGAUGAUGGUGAUGGCGAGAAACCCAAAACAACAUUUUUAUUACAAAAAAAACCACAGAAUACAUCAAAAGAUGAUACUAUGAUUAAUAAUAAAAAGACUCCCCAAGAAGAAAAACCUUUAACAUCCCCAAAAAAAGUUCAAAAAAAGAAGAGAGCUGUAGUAACUGAGAUGUUAAAUUAUGAAAUUGAUGAGGUGAAACUUAUGAGAAUAAAUAUCUUUACUGUAAAGAUUAUGGAAUGUUUUAAAACACUUAAAGAACAUCUGCAUAUCACCAUUAGUGUUGAAAGAGAGCUUAUUGAUCUAAUGAGCACCUUUAAAUAUGAUACAACAUCCGUGGUAAUGAGUGAUUUAGAAAAUAAUAUUUUAUGUACGGUUUUUAUUUAUGCAUUGGCUCAUGAUAUUCCACAACUACAUGAAAAUAUAUUUCCAUCUAAAAAAUCAUCACCAGAUGAUUGUUUUGAUAGUAAGGAAAAAUUUAAAAAUUUACUUGGAAAUAUGAAUCUUACAAUUGAAGAAUUAGAUGCAUUUGUAAGAGUACUUCGUAUUGGUUCAACAUAA